UAUCUCCCUCCCACUCUAUCUCUCGGUGUUUUAUGUCUGCGUCACAACAAGUCGGUCGAGAAAGAGGCAGGGAUGAUGGCGUCUCUCGCGGGUUGAUUCGCGUGCUGCUCUGACAAACACGCUUAAUAGCAUCAAUAGGUGGAGAAAAGAGAGCAAAGGCACGGGAACAUGACGAAACGACGUCGCGGAGGACAGACAGACCAUACAGACCGAGAGAAAGACGGACGUACCGACGGUGUCUCACUGACGACUUGACAGACAUACGCGCUUGGCACAGACACAUACAUGCACAUCCACUUUGGCACACACGUAGGCUUCACAUCCAACCCGGCAGUAAUUGAGACGAGAGGAAAACAGAAGAGAUAAAAUAUUUCAUGUCAAGCCGGCACAGGAAUCGCUGUGACCCCAACGGAGAGGAGUUCGACUUGACAGGAUGGGGGGAGUAAGUGAAGGGGAUGAUGUGUUAGCUCGAUGGAGUGAUGGACUACUGUACCUCGGCAAUGUGAAGAGAGUAGAUGGAGUCAAGCAAUGUUGUCUGGUGAGAUUUGAGGACAACUCGGAAUUCUGGGUGCUAAGAAAAGACAUUCACUCUUUCUCAGUUGGAGUGGAAGAAGUUUGCUGUAUCUGUGAUGCCCCGCCUCUUAAAGAACCUCUCAUCAAUUGUCUUAAAUGUCGUCACGGUUAUCAUCCUGAGUGCCACACUCCAUCCAUUGAGCCGGAAGCUGACAGCAAUUCUUGGAUAUGUCGGCAAUGUGUCUUUGCAGUGGCGACCAAGAGAGGGGGAGCCAUCAAACGAGGACGGUUUGCCCGGCUCAUGCAAAUCAUGAAACUUCGGCUGCCCUAUCAGCUGUCAUCUUUAGACUGGGACCCACAGCAUCUGACCAAUCAGCAGCAGUGUUACUGCUACUGUGCCGGACCUGGAGAGUGGAACUUGAAAAUGUUGCAGUGUGGAAGUUGUGGUCAGUGGUUUCAUGAAGCUUGCACACAGUGUCUGACCAAGCCGUUGUUAUAUGGAGACAGGUUUUAUGAGUUCCAGUGCUCAGUCUGUGCAAGCGGACCAGAGACAAUUCAACGGCUACCCAUGAGCUGGGUAGAUUUGGCCCAUUUGGUGCUCUACCACCUCUCCUUGUGCUGCAAGAGAAAAUACUUUGAUUUCGACCAUGAAAUCAUGUCGUUUGCCAAUGAGAAUUGGGACUCUUUGCUUCUAGGCUCGCUCUCUGACACACCAAGGCAAGAUCGCUGUCACAAUCUGCUCAACGCUUUGAACUCCAACAAAGACAGGUUUGUCUCUGGUAAAGAGAUCAAGAAGAAGAAGUGUCUUUUUGGGCUCCAGGUCAGAGCUCCGCCUCCCCUGACCUCUGAUUCGUCCCCCCUCAUCACUGACCCACCCAUCAACAUCACCCAAAGGAGAAGGUCAGACCCAUUGUCACUGCCCUGCCAGAGGAGAGCGGUGGGGCCAGAGUCACGCAAAUCAAAGCGGCGCAUCAUGGAGACACAGCCUUGUCCGCCCCCGGUCCCAGCCACCCCAAUAGAUCUGGUGCCAUGUUGCCAUGGCUACGUAGGUGGAACUAACCUCUACAACUCCAGGAAGGAGGAGGAGCUGAAUUUGGGCUCUCCACCUAAGAGGAUGUUUGCCCUGUAUCACCCCACCUAUAACGGAGCCCCAGCCAUCUCCAGAACCCUGCAUCACUAUAGUGCGGAAGACCCUUGUCGAGUGCCACCCCCCUGCCUCCCCUUCUCCCUGUCAUCCUCCCACCAUCACAACCACAACAACCACAACCACCACCAGCAGCACCAGCAGCACCAGCCUGGCCAGAAGUUGGAGCCCUGCCCCUCCCUCAUGCUGCGUGACGUCCCUUCCUAUCCGGGCGGCGUUGGGGGGGGGGGUGGGGGGGAUGGGUCAGCUGCCAGGGGCUGGGGGGGCGGGGACGGGGUGAGGAUUUUGGCGAGGCGAGUAACGCCAGACGGGAAGGUCCAGUACCUCGUGGAGUGGGGGAACGUGAGUGUGUACUGAGAGAAAAUGAGAGAGAGAUGGGGGGGGGUGGAGGGAGGAUCAACACACCAGAGUGCUUGGCAGAAAAGAGGGGAUAUUGGGGAGAGAGAAAGAAAUAAUGACUGUCGUGCAGGUGCCACAUCAGAAAUGUGUGGCAACUUCAAGUACAAGCAAAACAAAAACCCCACACAAGGCAAAUCCAGGUUGCUCAAACGAUAUCGCCUCCAUUCUAUAUCAUCACACUACGUGUUACUAUAUCUCCCUAUUUGCUAGUGUUUCCCCUAUAUUUGUACUGUAUACCUUUGGAAUAUGCCUUUGCAUUUAUCAUGUUUACGUUUGAAGAUUGUAUAUACAGUAUUUGAUUAUAGGCAAUUUGUUACGUUACCUUUUCUCAUACUUGAUUUACAUGAUAGUAUGUAAUAGAAAUAUAUUAGGAGCCGCAACAAGGCUUUUUGUUUUAUAGUUAGAUUUCUAUAUUCACAAUAUAUUAUUAUAGAAUGAUUUGAUGAUGUGGUUGCAUAGUGCCUAUCUGGAUUGUGCAUCUGCAGAUUGAGAAGUUGACCUGAAUCAAGGGAUCAGGUGAUUGAAAUGUAUGAUAACUAUUCUAUAAGGUUUUCUUCCUCAUCCACCAAUUGCAAUUUGAAGUGUCACGGCAAUGUUGUUUAGGCUUUCACACACAGAAUUAGUGUAAAAUACAUUCCAAACAAAUAUCAGAACACUUCAAGAUUACCGAUCAAAAUCUUUGAUCAGAUAGCCAUGGAAAAUGGCCGCUCGUUGAGCCAGAUUUGACUGUCAAUUUGUUGAGGGGUGCUUUACAUUCUUUUAGGGAAGAGAAGUCAACAAAUGGUAUUAUGUGCAGGUGAAACUAUUUGUACUGUUUUCCAUUUUCAGGUCAUAGACAGAGGAGUCGGCUCCUAUCUUCCAGGUUUACACUGAGGAUGAGAGAUAGCGUUAACUCUGGCCCACUUCAAUGCUGAUACCUAAGCCCUAGUCUGGACACUGUAGAUCUGACAAGAUUGGAUAGAUAUGAGCAAUAUGACUUAUGUUACAUCCGGCCUAUCAGAGGGAAAGGUGGAGCUUUCAUCAUAUUUCUCAUAUAUCCGAUCCUUUCAGAUGUACCCAAGUGUCUAAGGGGUAAGGGCUAUGGGUUUGUGUUUGAUUUGGAACUGGGCCCCAGAGAUCAUAGUGGAACAGGAGGUUGUGUAUAGAACUCUAGAAUAUCAUAGUGCAAGGUUCAGAGUUUAUAUUUAUACAGAUUCUUUAUUUCUGCCUUUGUGGGAUAAAACACAGAUAAGAGUAAAUGUGUGUGUUGUAUCCCCCAGAAGACAGAUUGUGUUACAGGUAUAGUUACAGUAAAUAACACAAUAGGCAGUUAUACUGCUAUAAUCAUGUCAACAGAAACCAUUUUCAGUCAUUUUUUUAAACCACAACAAGAUGUCGCCCAUUCCCCAGAUUGAAUGAUGUGAAAUAUGCCAUCUCUUACAAUAAGGCCUGAGCGGGUGUGGUAUAUGGCAAAUAUUUUUUAAUUUUUUUUAUUUAUUUAACCUUUAUUUAACCAGGUAGGCAAAUUGAGAACACGUUCUCAUUUACAAUUGCGACCUGGCCAAGAUAAAGCAAAGCAGUUCGACACAUACAACAACACAUAGUUACACAUGGAGUAAAAACAAACAUAUAGUCAAUAAUACAGUGAAAAAAAAUAAGUCUAUAUACAAUGUGAGCAAGUGAGGUGAGAUAAGGGAGGUGAAGGCAAACAGAUAUAUGUAUAAAUAAAUAAAAUAUAAAAAGGCCAUGGAGGCGAAGUGAGUACAACACAACAAGUAAAAUAAAAACUAAAAAACACUGGAAUGGUUGGUUUGCAUUGGAAGAAAGUGCAAAGUAGAGACAGAAAUAAUGGGGUGCAAAGGAGCAAAAUAAAUUAAUAAAUAAAUACAAUAAAUAAUAAAUAUACCACGGCUAAGGGCUGUUCUUAUGCACAACCAAACGCGGAGUGCCUGGUUACAGCCCAUAGCCAUUGUAUAUUGGCCAUAUACCACAACCCCCAGAGCUGCCUUAUUGCUAUUAUAAACUGGUUAACAACGUAAUUAGAUCAGCAAACAAGUAAUUUUGUGUCAUACCUGUGGCAUAUGGUCUGAUAUACCACAUCUUUCAGCCAAUCAGCAUUCAGGGCUCGAAUGACCCGGUUUCUAAUAGUGAAUAGAUGAUUGCUCAGCCUGGUCUCAUAGACUAGACGUAACAUAGUAAAUGUAAGUCCGGAACAGUGAAAUUAGUAUGAUAUGUUACAUUUGGUAUGGUUAGAUAAGACAGAAGGUUACUUAACCCUUUAACUUAACUCCUCACCUUAACCCCUAGUGUAGUUAACGUUAGCCACCUAGCUAACUUUAGCGUUAGUCACCUAGAUAACUUUUGCCACAACAAGUUGGAAUUCGUAACAUAUCAUACGUUUUGCAAAUUCGUAACAUGUACAAAUUACAAUUCCUAACAUAUAAUACGAAAUGGAUAAUGGACAUCCACAAAUUUUACAUAUCUAAUUGGAGUGUCACAGAUUUACAUUUACUAUGUUACGUCUACCCCUGAGUCCAGGUUGGAUUGCUAAGGGUUUGGCACGUUUCUAAAUGGCAGUGCAGGCCAAAUGAACCUCCCAACUCAGUCCUUCCCAUCCCAGUUUAGGACUUAGAUCAUUCUCAGUGAAUUUGGCUGUAGUUGAAUAGGAAGAGGUCUGUGGAACCAUCAGUUCGAUGGUAAUGAAUGUAUCUGUAUGUUUUCUAUGGUAAAGUAUGUCUAUAGACCCGUCAAGUGUUUGUUACUGUAGGUUAUAGAUGGAACUAUACAAAAUUACUUCAAAGGACUGGGGUAAAUCUGAUUUUGAGUUGAGGAAUAAGAAGCUAAGAGAGUCUCUAUAGCCUUCUCUUUUUUUAUUUGUAGUCAAGUCCAAGUUUGGUUUGAUGUAUUUUUGGACUUUUGGUCAAAUUACGUUUAUACAUGUAUAACCUAGGCUGACACAGCCAAUGUAAAAUUUAAAAAAUUAAAAGUUGCCCUUCACAUCUUA